UAAAUAUAAUGGAGAGCACAUGUGAUCGAGGAGGACAUAACAUGUGACCCCAAGUCUAACUCAUCGAAGGAAAGACGAUUAUAGGGAAGAAGAAGAAGAGACGAGUGUGUGGUAAACGGCAACAGGAGCAACAGUCGCGUUAAGACACUCCGAGAGGAUGGUUGAUAGUGCGCGUUUUAGGGCCCUCAUCAUAGGCGCCCUCGUGGUCUUCGCACCCCUCACCCUUGCUCUUUCCAAAAAUGAUCUCUAUCCAUACGCCACCCCCGGUGCCAACACUCUUAAACUUGAUCCCAGCGGGCAGCUGGCCUCUAUCGAAGCAAUACUCAAGACGCCAAUAGUUUUCUACGACAACAUUUAUAAUGCUAUUUUCGUAAAUGGAAAUGGGGUUCUGUCGUUCGCGAGGUCGAUGCAAAGGUUUUUUAAUAUUGCUUUUCCACUGGAUGAUCCCGUGAUAGCGCCACUUUAUACUCACGUGGAUACUCGAGGAUCAGGAACGAUUUAUUGGACUGAAACAAAUGCGCCGGAAAUCCUUGCAAGGGCUGGUGGUAUGGUUAGAAAUUCUUUCAAAGGUGCUUUUCAAUUUCAACCGACGCACGUUUUUCUUGCAACCUGGUUAGACGUUGGAUACUACAAUGAAAAAAGUGACAAGGUGAAUACAUAUCAAGCGGCGAUAUCCUCAAAUGGAACUCAUUCUUACGUCGAAUUAUUGUAUCCACGUGAUGGAAUACAAUGGAUUCAAGCAGAAUCUCAUCCUAAUGGACUUCCGGAUGCAAAAGCUCAAGCUGGAUUUAUGAGUGAGGGAAGAAUUUACGCUCUCACCGGUUCUGGAACGGAUCAAAUUCAAAACAUCGACAAAUUGUCCAAUAUUAAUAGACCUGGCCAUUGGAUUUUCCAAGUUGGACCAAUUCGCGAUCAUGCAAAUGUCAAACAACCAGAUAAUGUCGAAGAUUCAAUGUCAAAUCAGUUGAAAACGUGUUCGAUUGGAGCGACAAGUUGUCACAGUAAAGCUAAUUGCGUUGAUUACGAAAGUGGAUUCUGUUGUCACUGUAAAGAAGGACACUUUGGAAAUGGAAAAUCCUGUUUGCCGAUCGAUAUACCAUUGAGGGUGAUUGGCAGAAUGUCAGGAACUAUUAAUGGCGAAAGUUUCGAGGAUAAAGAUCUUCAGUGCUACGUUCAAACCAAGGACGGAAGAACGUAUACAGCUAUAUCGAGAGUACCGGAAGCCGUUGGUCCCAGCUUCCAACUACUUAGCAAUCUAGGCAGCGUUAUUGGAUGGCUCUUCGCCAAACCGAUUGGAGAAACUAAAAACGGAUUUCAACUUACCGGUGGAGUAUUCAAUCACACGGCUGAAUUACGAUUUUCCUCAUCGGGACAUGAGGUGACAAUUCGCAGUUAUUUCAUGGGUCAGGACGUAUUCGGUCAAUUGAAAGUCAAUGUCGAGGUGAAAGGAACAAUUCCACGAUUGGAGAAUGAUGCACGAAUUGAAUUUACCGAUUACGAUGAACUUUUAACACGUGUUCAUUCCGGUUCAAUUCGUUCGAAUUCGGAGAAAAUUUACAAAUUAAUAGGCGUACCGGCUGAUUUUAAAUACACAUUGGAUCAAAUUUUCACUUUUCCGGAAUGUGCGUACGCACCGAAAAUGGAACAGGAGACAAUGAGAUUGAAAUUUUCGAGAGGUGUUAUUACUUAUGAGGCGAGAGAAGGAAUUAUUCGUUAUGCAAUGAAUUCGAAAAUUGCCCCACUUGAGGAGGAGGAUCCUUGCAUUCAGGGAAGAAGCACGUGCAGUGAACAUAGUUCUUGUAUUGUCGAUGGUGACGAUUUUAAAUGUGUUUGCAAUCCAGGAUAUCAAUAUCUUUAUAAGGAAGAUAAUUCUGCGACUUGUAUCGAUAUUAACGAAUGCACAGCUGGUAAUCACGUUUGCUCUCCCGAUGCUUAUUGUAUUAACAACGAGGGAAGCCACUCGUGUAAUUGUAAACCUGGUUAUCAAGGGGAUGGACGAAUUUGCGAUAAAAUACCAACUUGCGAUGAGACGCGUUGUUUGGAAAAUGAAGAAUGUCAGAUAAUUGGAGGUCUCCCAAUAUGCACCUGUAUUCCUGGAUACGAUACUGUUGAUCAAGUUUGCUCUCCAGUUUCCCAAUCAACACCUUGUAAUGUCGAAAACAAUUGUUCACCAUACGGCCUUUGCAGUUACGAUGGAAAUAGACAAGUUCACGUUUGUACUUGCCAACCGGGUUACACAGGUAAUGGAUACGAUUGUUUUCCCGAAUCGGAAAGUGAUGAUAGACCAGGUCCUCAUUGUAAUCAAGGCGUUUGUAUGUGUCCACUGGGUUGGGCGUAUCAUGAAAAUGAAUGCAUCAGACAAACGGAUGAAAAUCAAGACGUAUUGGCACGUCCGCUUCCGGCAUGCUUCGAAGAAUACUGUGUUUGUCCCAUGGGAUACGAUUAUGAGGAACUUGAAGAUGUUUGCGUCCCUAAAGAAGGAUACGACUUGAUGACAAAAGGUCCUUCUGGAUUUCAUUUACCUUGCAACGUGAUGAAUAGGUGUCAUCCUUAUGCAUCUUGCGUCUACGAUACAAUCACUUUGGAAUAUAGCUGUCAGUGUAAUGCCGAAUACGAAGGCGAUGGUAUCGAGUGCAAUAAAAGAGAAGUCUCCUGCUUCGAGGUCGAUAUUUGUGAUCCAAAUGCCUCAUGCCGAAAUGAAGAUUCCUUCGCUAGAUGCGUCUGUAAUCCAGGAUUUAAAGGAGAUGGCACCGACUGCAGACCAAUUGACGAAUGUGAUGAUCAUCCAGAUUGUGGAAAUAACGAAAGAUGUCAAUAUAAUCCAGCGAGUUCACGAUACGAAUGUUCCUGUAUUCAGGGAUACAGUAAAGUUGAUUCACAGUGUAUGAUUUCGGAUUGCGCGACAAAUCCUUCUCUUUGUCAUAUUAAUGCACAAUGCUCAACGUCACAUGACGGUGGCUCUAAAUGUGUUUGCGUCAAUGGAUAUCGUGGAGAUGGAAUUCUUCAUUGUGUCGAGGAUCAUAUCAACUGCAAUGUCGUUAAUAAUUGCGGAAGAAAUGCCGUUUGCGGAUACAAUCAAACAGCUUCUAAUUACGCCUGCGUUUGUUUACCGGGAUUCUAUGGAAAUGGAUUUACCUGUCUGCCGCAAUUAUCAUGUAAAAAUGAUCCAAAUAUUUGUUCUCAUUACGCAGCAUGUGUGCCUGCAGGACAUCAGCAAUUCACUUGCGUGUGUAAUGACGGCUACAUUGGCGACGGUAUGAAUUGUAGACCAACUCCGACACACGAGGCCAACUUUUUACUUGUGAAUCAGGGAACAGCAAUUCAUCGAAUUCCAUUCUUCCCAACACGAGAUAAACCCGGAAGUCCUAUUAUGGUUCAAAAUAAUCAAAUGACAAUUGCUGUCGCCAUCGAUUGCGCCCAUGGAAAAGCGUAUACCAUCGACAUUAUCGGCAACAGAAUUAUGUCAUUAAAUUAUAAUGGAUCGAAAGUGGACAACUUCAUUACGGGAAUAACGAGUGCCGAGGGCAUUGCUAUGGAUUGGAUAUCUAGAAAUUUAUUUUGGACCGAUUCGGCGAAGGGAACUGUUGAAGCUGCCAAUGUCGAGACAAAAAAGCGCAAAGUCCUGGUGAAAACCGGUUUAGUUAAUCCACGAGGAAUUGCAGUUCAUCCUCAUCGCGGAAAAAUAUUUUGGACUGACUGGAAUCGUCAAUCGCCGAAAAUUGAAACAGUUAACGAGGAUGGAAGUGGACGUCAAAUAUUCUUACAAGGUGAUAAUGUUAAAUUGCCCAACUCUUUGGCAAUUGAUUGGGACACUGAUGAAUUAUGUUGGGCCGAUGCUGGAACUUUCACUAUAAGCUGUGCACACAUUGACACAAAAUACGUACACGUUAUUGCUGAGUCGUUGCCCUAUCCAUUUGCAGUCGCAAUAUCGCAAAAUCACUAUUACUGGACCGACUGGAAAACGAAAACGAUAGAAGUUGCUCUGAAGAAUAAUGGACAGAGGCGUGAACCUUUAAAUAUUCCUCCUGGAGGUAGUGGAAAAUUGUACGGAAUUGUUGCUGUUCCUGAAGCAUGUCCUAGAGUUUCAAAUGUCUGUCAAUAUGAGAAUGGAAGGUGUAGCAAAGAACAACUCUGUUUGCCUGAUGGACAUGGAGGAAGAUCAUGCGUUUGUGCAGAUAAUGCCGUUGGAACUUGCACAGAUUCGCGGCAUCAUCAAUCGUAAACAAAAUUAUCAUCUCCCGCGUCUGUAGUUUUAAGAAUCUCAAAUUUAA